AUGGCUGAGAUAGAAGAAGGGUCGGAUCACCAGCACCGUCCUGAUGGCGGCUGGGGCUGGAUGGUGGUUCUAGGCUGCUCAGUGAUCAUGGCCCUCACCUGGGGACAGCAGAGGUCCUUUGGAAUCUACAUGAUCAGUAUAACGGAGACUUUGGGGGUUGAUGUGUCUGCCACGGCACCCAUACAAGGUCUGAACACGGCAAUAUGUCUAAUGAUGGCCAUCGGUAUCGGCAUGCUUACUAUAACGGCUUUCGGCGCAACCAACGAAUACUUCUCAAAGAGGGUUGCCUUGGCAACGGGCAUCGUGAGCGCCGGAGCCGGUCUGGGCUUUCUCGUGCUACCACUACUCGGCAAGUGGCUCAUAGACGCGUAUGGCUACCAGGGGGCGAUGCUGAUCAAUGGUGCAAUCGUGCUGAACACUUUACCUUGCAUGGUACUCUAUCGACCUCUGCAUCCACACAAACCGCACAAGGGGAGCGAGAAGGCAAUAGAUCCUGCUAUUUCAGUCACUGCCAGUACCAAUGAACUGCUGAAGUACGGCGAGUUAGAAUCGAGUUACGUAACCGGCAGAGACUCGGUCGCCCAAGAUGGCCGCUCGCUAAACAUUCAGCAGGGAAACUCAGCUGCAGACUGCAGCGAGGUGGGCAGACCUGACGAGGAUCGCAGUAGCGUCACCACGACGCAGGACCCCGGGCUAGAAGGCAACUCCCCAAAAGCUACUCCGGUCACCCACAAGAAGAAGGGUUUCGCGUGGGAGAUCUUCAAGGACGCUCGGCUGUGGGUUCUGUGCGCGGCAGCGGCCCUCGCCGACGCCGCCGUCCUCACGGCGCCCAUCUACCUUCCGCUGCUCUCCCUGGAGGUCGGCGGCGACGACAUCAACGAAGCCAUCGGCGUUUCUCUCAGCAGCAUCAUGGGCACCGUCACGCUUAUCCUACUCAGCGGCGUCUGGGACGUGGGUGUAUUCAGCCGACCACUGGCGCGUCAGAUCGGCUACGUCACGUUGGGCAUCGCAGCCAGCGUGGCAACGAUAGUCACUGGACUUCUUCACAACUACGCUGCUCUCAUGGCCUGGGUAAUCGUCGUCGUGCCGACACUGGGCGGGGCAUCGCUGUCUCCCUUUUAUAUGGUCGUGCGCGACAUUGCGACGCCAGCAAGCUACGCCGACGCCCUCUCAACUGUCUACCUCACUGCAGCACCCUUCACACUGCUCGGCUCACUGGCGUUUGGUAAGCACUCGGUGAGCAAAUCAUCAGACAACAGAAUCAAUCGCGCGAGACAAUCGGCUGGUCUACAGCAGCAGUGGCAGCGCCAGCACCACACCUACGUGGCACUGGGACUGUGUUCAGUGUGUUCCGGAGCACUGGCGCUCGUCAUACCGUUACUGACGAUCUUCUACUACCCGCCCAAGGUCAACGACGUCACUGAGGAGCUUGACUAUAACCCAGCCGAUAAUAUCAUAGCUAUCAG